AUGGCAGAAAUCGACAUGGAGGUCGAUGUGGCGAGGCCGCUUGAAAUGGACGUCCAUGUCGACGACGACUUUAUUGACUUUGACACCGACAUGGUCGAUCAACCCGAGCUAGCGUCACUGCAAAACGAGGACAACCAGAAGCUCGCCGAAACUACCACUAACCUCGACGAUGAUACCCAUGAUAUCGAACUUAUUGAGAGCCUCGAAGAACACGCGGAAGUUACAGCGAUUCCAGAAGAAGAAGACUUAGGUGGCGUUGAGAACAUCGAGGACGAUGUGGAUCAGACAGGCCACGACGCGAGCCACAAAUCCGAGCAUGACUACCAUGCUACAGAAGCUGGUGCCCGGUCAUUAUCUCAGCAUCCAGAAGAGGAUGAUGGUUAUGUGGAGAUUCCGAACGAUGCGGACAAGAAUCGCCAGGAUGCCGCUGACGAGAUCGACGCAUCCGAUCAUGAGAUCGACUACGAGUUCGAGGAAGAAGCCGGUCAGCACGAUCUACACAGCGAGCUUGACUUGGAUGUCGAGAAGAACUCAGCACCUCCAAGCACUGAGGCUGCUGUUGAACACACCACUGAAGACGGUGUUCUUCAAUCCGUGGGAGAUGUUGCCACUGCGGACUUAGAAGGUGAUGAUGGCGAACAUGGCGAUUACGGUGACCACCAAGAACAACCGGAGCAGGAUGAAAUCACGUAUGACGAUGAUGAGGGUGAUGUGCCUGAAGCAACUACUUUCCAAGAUGACGAAACAACGCCUAGCGGCAGUGUCGUAGCCGUUGUCGCGGAGAAGCUGGAUGAAGAGUCCCAAACAAAAGACGAAGGUUUGAGUGAAGAGAAUGGAGCCUUCCAUGAUCAACAAGCUGAAAAGAAAACCACGCCACAACAUGAAGCGGCCGAAAAUGUCGACUUCGAUGAGUAUGAUGUUGCCGCAGAGGACCAAGGCGAUCUCCAGGAUGGCGCCAAUUUCGAGCAGCAAGACUCAUCUGAUUCUGGCGAGAACUCCGCUGCGGCCUCUGACACCGAAUUUCCCGCAAUUACGGUACAGUAUAAAGGAGAUGAGUUCCCUUGCUUCUCUAAUAGCUCGGACGGAUUCUUUACAGAGACAUCUAUUAUUGACGAGACUAUGGACAAGGUGCUGUCAGGGUUCCGAAACGAACUGGCCAGUGAGAUUGCACAGGAAGAGGAGUUGGUCUUUCAAGUCGACGAGCUUGGACUUGAAUUUGCCGAGUCAUGCCUGCAGGAUUCCCUUUCCAGUGUCACACUACGCCAGAUUCUUGAAAUCUUUGACUUGUUAGUCAAGAAUCAGGAUCCAGAGAGCUCUCGGACAUUGUACACAUAUCUCUUUACCAAGCCCUCCGCCAGCAAGCGACUGGAGUCUCUAAUCGAGAGCGCCACGGCAGGCAAAGGCCUGGACGAAGUCAUCCAUCUUUUCGAAUCCCCUGUAGCGGCUGCUGCUAGCGUGCUAGAAGCCAACACGGCUGAUGAUGAACUUGAGGAGCGACUUGAUAGUUACGACAGCCCUGCACAUGAGGUUGAGAGGAUCAACGAGGAGGCGGUUGAGAAUGAUGUCGAGUACGACGCAGAAGAGGGUGCUGACUUGGAUGUCUCUCCAAAUGACAACCAUGACUCCAAUGAAGGCGACCAGGAUGCUGCAGAUGCUGGUUAUACUGAGGGCGACACUAUUGACCCUACUCCUGAAGAUGCAAUUGCAACAAACGACGAAGCAUCAAACGCAGCCGCGAUAGAGGAUAAUGUCGAAUCAAAUGGUAAACCCGCCACCCCUCACCCCGGUCUUUUUCCUACUUGUUAUUACCCAGACUUCUGCCUCUGCGACACCUGUGUGGCAGGAUACGUCGAAGAGCAUGGCCGAGAAGAAGGGGGGUUCCGACACGCUCUCCAAUUCGGACAGCCGCUUGAGCGGAUGGAUGUGAAUGGCGAGAGUCUAAUGUUCACCAACGCCCUGCGGAAGCACGGUCACUCAAUCUCCGAUUUCAGCAUAACAUUUUCCACAACUGAGGCUGACCAAUCCUUCAUAGCUCACAACGAAAGCGAAUCUAACCCGUUGAUGAACCCGGAGCUCGAUGACGAUGCUGAGGUGGACGAUGAGGUUGACCUUGAAGCCGGUGGUCUUACCAAUGAACAGAACUUUACCGACCCAGACGGAACAAACGUGGGCACUGCUGCCACAAGUACGACGACGACUCUUAAAGACGGCGACGAGACGGGUUCCAUAAAUGCGAAUGCGGCUGCGACUGAGCUGCUGGACAUAACUGAAGCCGCCGACGGGGACGACAUAGGGGAGAUUGAUUGGAACGACGAUCCCGAGGCAGAUGAGGAGAUACAAAGCCCAUCUGUGGUUGGGAAGCGAGCCCGGGGAGAUGACGAAACUGAUGUUGAAGAUGAACAAGACGUCAAGCGUCGUCGACCCUGA